AUUGGUUGACUCACGAGUCACAAGUAGUAGCAAAAAUUAGUAAGCGCAAAGAAUUUGAAGAGCUUCUACCACUACUAUUUACAAUUCAAAAUUCAAACAACCAAAAAGAGAUAAGCCUCUUCAACCCCCAGCACCAGCAGCAGCAGCAACAACAACAACAACAACAACAACAACAACAACUACUGCAGCAGAAGCAGCGUCUUCUUCCUACUAACCGUCUCUUAGGGUUCCGAUCUCCUUCUCCGAUCUCACCGUUUUCUCUCUCCUCUCUCCCUUACAUUCUUCUUCUUAUCUCUCUCCUAUCUUCAACUUCUUCUUCUUUGCAGUUUUUCAACCUGUUAAUUCCUUCCUUCACUUCAACAAAUUACUCUCAAUGCUCAAUUUCAACGGUUUCUCAAUUUGCUCAAAAAAUUAUGCCUCAAGAUCUGCUGAAAGUCUCGAAAGAUUUUGAUUUAUAAUUGCUGCAAGUUUUGUAGUCCAAUUUUUUCAAUUGUAUUGGUGUUUGAAACCCUAAGUUUGUGGCAGUUUGAAGAUAUGGUGAUUGAAGAGAAUUGUAAUGGUAGUAGUACUAGUAAUAGAGUGAAUGGAUUCUUGCAUGGGAGUUCAAGUGGUAGUGAUGGUGCCGGAGAUGGAUCUUCGCUUCGAACUUAUAAGCGGCGAAAGCGAGGAAUAUCAAAUUCGAGCUGCAAAAUUAUUGAUUUGGAGAAACGUCCUUGUACUACAUCCGCUCAGUUGGAUAAUAAGAUGGUAAAAGAAUUAGGGGAUAUAGGUUUACAAAAAAAUUCUUGUGAGCAAGUCUGUGAUCCGAAGAUAAAUUGUCAUUCUCUUAUGAAUGGUUCAGAUGAUUGCUCUUAUCAGCACUGGAGAAAAGCUUUGGAAAGCAUAUGUCAAUCACUGUGCCCUACUGAAGGUGCAGGUGUUGGGAUACCGUAUUGCAUCAGAGAGGCACUUCUUAGUAAUCCUGGAAGUCAUGCAAAUACAGCUAAGGAUAUGGGUGACCACCAUGAUAGUCAUGUCCAUUUGCAGAGAACUGGAAUGACCAAUGGAUCUUCAACUGGAACUAAAGGAUUUUCAGCUGUGAUUUCUAGUGGAGGUCCAAGUGAAUCAAGUCAUCUAACUGUCUCUAGGCAGUGUGAACGUGCUUUCUUCAGACUUUUGAUGUCAGGAAAGUUUGCUUCAUUCUGCAAUAUGCUUUCUGAAAAUUUCCACGGCCUGAAGAUUGAGAAAAUUUUGGACUUCAGUAUUAUUAAUACCAGGAUAAAAGAGGGUGCAUAUGAACAUAAACCUAUGCUGUUCUCAUCAGAUAUCCAACAGAUAUGGAGAAAGCUUUGUUCAAUUGGCAAUGAGAUGGUUUCUCUUUCAAAUAGUUUGUCAGAGUUGUCGAGAGCAUUCUGUCAUGAUCUGGGAGGAGCAGCAGCACUUGACACCCCUCCUGGCAAAAAACACGAGUUAUCUGCUCGGGAAGAUGUGCGAAUCAAGCAGGAAGAACCAGAUGCUUCUGUGCUUUGCACAUGUAGACAGUGUGGAGAGAGGUCAGAUGGAGGAGAUUGUCUUGUGUGUGAUUCAUGUGAGGGUUUGUUCCAUAUUUCCUGCAUCGAACCUGCUGUAAAGGAAAUUCCACAUAAGAGUUGGUAUUGUGCCAAUUGCAGUGCUAAUGGUUUUGGAUCUCCUCAUGGAGAUUGUGUUGUCUGUGAGAGAUUGAUAGCUAAUUCUGGUAUCAAUGGACAUAAUGCUAUUCCUAUAUCUGAAGAAGCACUAGGUGAGGAUGAAGAGAGUUCGGAUGGUGUCAUCGAGACUGGGCUUCAAAUAUUCAAAGGGACCAAGCGACUGUCUUGUAAAGUUUGUGGGAGUAUAUUAAUUAACGGCGAAGAAAUUCAGGUGUGUGAACAUCGUUUUUGCGAUUACAAGUAUUAUCAUACAAGGUGCCUGACCAAUAAGGAGUUAAAAAAAUAUGGUCCUCUGUGGUAUUGCCCUUCUUGUCUUUGUAGAGCCUGUCUUAUAGACAAAGAUGAUAAUGAUCUUGUGAUGUGUGAUGGAUGUGAUCAUGGAUACCAUAUCUAUUGUAUGAUUCCUCCACGUACGUCAAUUCCUAAAGGCAAGUGGUUUUGCUCGAAAUGUGAUGUGGGUAUUAAAGCAAUACACAAAGUCAAAAAGUUCUAUGAGGACCUAGAAAGGAAACAAAUCAAAGGUGAAGGGAAAAGGGCAACUGGUAGUUCCUCCAAGAAAUCAAAGCUGGAGUUCCAAGAUGCAGCGGGUGGCUCUGGAGGAAUGGAUAUGCUUUUAUCAGCUGCUCGAACACUUAAUGAUGAAGAUCUUACUGUUCAAAAUGGAACGAGUUGAAUGAAAACAACUAUUUUUGGUACUGUGGUAAUAUUAGGGCUUUCAACGCAAAAGUGGCCCGUCUUCUUUAUGCUUGCACACUUUUAGGGAGCUGUCUUAAUAAUUGUCAGAUCAAGUGACUGCAAUUAUGCUGCUCUAAGAAUCUGGUAUGGCCUUGCCUUCCGGGUUGUAUAUUUUUGACUGGUAACUUGUAGAAAAACUCGCACGCACUCUGGCUUGUUGAUGAAAUGAGAGGGAUCUGGUAGCUGCGGUGUGAGAUUAAUUUAGGUGAUCUAACAGUCAUUUUUUGUGUAAUCUAUAUUACAUUGUUUUCAUGUAUGGAAACAUUUAGCCGAUAGCUGUUGUAAAAGAUAUUUUUGACGCUUAUUUUUUUUGUUUGUAAGCAAAGCCAAAAGGGUAAUAGUUUUGAUGCUCUUCUGUUCAAAUUGA